CAUCAAACAAAAUUUUCUGAAAAAUUUUCCAGUCAUCAUCGUGGAUCAUUUUCGAUCGUAUAAAUAAUAUUUUCUUAUUGUUGUGGGUGAUAUUAUCUAAAAAAUUAUUAUAAUCAAUAAAAUAUAAAUACAAAAAAACUCUAACCAUGAAGUUUUCACAUUUGUUGUAAAUGAAUAUCCCCCUGCUUCAUGUGUGGCAACUUAUUUGUCGUCCAAUCAAAAUUAUAUCCCUUGGCUCUAUCAACGAACUCUCAACUCGGAACGAAAAAGAAAUAAUAACAUUUUUUUUUCCUUUUUGUUGUUGUUGUCUUGCCUCUGUGUUCCUUUUGUAAAAAAUAAUAAUAAAUAAUACUGUCCCAAAAAAAAAACAAAAAAAUAAUUAACAAAAACAAUGGAUAAAUUGUUUCAAGUUAUUUUAUUACUCAUCGCCGUGUAUUUAACAAUUGCAUCGACUAAAUAUCAAUCGUGCAAUAUCCACAAAUUGGACUGCCCCCCGCAUUCAAUUUGCUCGCAACUAGAUCACGAUGACGAAGGCGAGUGCAGGUGCCCCCAGCGCUACGAAAUCAACCCGCAUAGCACCGGGCCUUCUGAUUAUUGUGUGGAAGAUGAGAAUAGUAUAGGCGACGGAGGGUCGGCAGCUAUAAGCAGUAGCUUGGGAAGUAAUAAAGGCAAGACAGUGGUUCAUAUACAACCGCCAGCCGAGUCACAUCAUGUUGUGAUUGGUAUUCUGGUGCCAAUGAUGCUGGUGAUGGUGGUUAUUGGGGCAGCAUAUGGAAUUAAAAAGUUUCAUCCAGUGCGGAGAUUGAGGGAGUAUGUGAUUAGUCGGCGGCGCAAUCGACCGCUUUAUGAGGAUGUGAUGAUGACACAGGAACUUGAAGAUCCGCCAUUGAUGUAAAAGAAAUAAUAACUUUCAUUAGAUCUCCUCAUUUGAAGUGCGAACAAACUUAGGCAAUCAACGACAUACUACACUACACAGUUCUUGCCAUAAUAGAACUUAAAGAAACUUGCACCAGAACAACUACUCACAUCUUUAAGAAAAAACAAAAGAAAAAGCUAUUUCCAACCACAAAUUCACCAAAAAACAA